UUGCUUCUUCAAUCCAAUCCAAACAAGAAAAUUCCAGUGCUAAUUCACAAUGGGAAGCCAAUUUGUGAAUCUAUGGUGAUUGUUGAAUACAUUGACGAGACAUUUGAAGGCCCUUCCAUCUUACCUAAAGACCCUUAUGAUCGAGCUUUAGCUCGUUUUUGGGCUAAGUUCCUUGAUGAUAAGGUGGUAACACUGGUGAAUACUUUCUUACGCAAAGGAAAGGAAAAGGAAGUUUGUGAGAUGUUGAAAGUUCUUGAUAAUGAGCUCAAGGAUAAGAAGUUGUUUGUUGGUGACAAAUUUGGGUUUGCUGAUAUGGCUGCAAAUUUUGUGGGACUUUGGCUAGGAAUUUUUCAAGAAGCCUCUGGAAUUGUAUUAGUAACAAGUGAAAAAAUUUCAAAUUUUUGUGCUUGGAGAGAUGAGUAUGUUAAUUACAGUCAAGUCAAGGAAUAUUUACCUCCAAGAAAUGAUGAGUUACUUGCUUGUUUUCAAGGUCGAGUUCGCACUUAUGCUGCAGCUUCUGCUUCUACUCUAAAAUAAAUACAUCGUGAGUUAUCUUUUGAAAUUUCGAAUUAUAUAUCUAAAUAAAAUAGUGAAUCUAUAACGAUUUUAAUAGAUCCAAUUAUGUAUUUGUAUGCAAAAGAAAAGAAUUAAAAUAUUAGCUUCCUCAUAUUAUAUUAUUUUGAUCCCAACAAUUGUAUUGAAAAAAAAAUAACAAGAGAAGUAAGCCAUAUAAUUAUUUGA